AUGGGCAUGAAAUGCUUCGCUGAUUUCAACAAUGGAAGAACUGGUGAAAUUGGUGGCAUCUAUGCUGUUCCAACAACAAAGUUGAGCAAUGUAUCCCAUGGGUUGACACAAGCAGCGCCUCGAUUGAAGAAUGUAUCGGUACUGACAACCGACACCAUACCGCAUGGAGUCCAAUUUUGGGAUGCAACUCUUGGGAAGGGAUGUUAUGACAAGUGGUUAAGAAAGGAGUUCCAUUUGGCAGAAAAGAUCAUUGAAAAUCUAAAUGACUGGCUGAAAGCAUGGAUAGAUGUCAGUGACAAUAGCGAUCAAAAGGUCUGCACAUACAAGACAGAGGACACAACAAGAGAACAGUUUUCAAAGGUUCCAUAUGUAUUGGAUCAUGAAGGUGCAGCCACCUACCGUGGAGUGAAAUCAAGUGCUGAGCACGGGCUGACUGAAUGGAGAAGCUCAAGAGCUGAGUCAAGCUUGGAGAAGUUUCAUGAACUAUUGGCCCAUUUUGCAAAUAUUGGUUGCAAAUCGGAGUUUGCGAAUGCUCUCAUUGCCCGAGGUACGGCUGAGCACAACGUUGGUGCGAGGUGGAGAUAUGACUGCAUGGUGCAAUGCCAACAAGGUUCUAGAUUACCGCAUCCAGAAUACGUGGACCAAACGCCCAUUUUCAUGGACCAUUCCCUACUAGACCAUUUGAACCAACAAUCUACCUCGCUUGGUUUUGAUGCCUUGUUCAAAGAGUGUCAAGUUCCAGAGGUUGGAAACGAGAAGGAAGUUUUCUUUUCCAAUUACUGCACCGACCAAAUGGAAAGAAACAAACAAGAGGGAACUGUUGCUUCAACUAAGGUUUGUCUUUGUGACGACUGCAAGGACAAGUACAAAUCGCCUCAAACAACAAGUGUUGCCAGGAGGAGGAGUGGUAUUGCCAGAGCGGUUGAUCGAUCAACUGCAGCAGCAUAG